UCAAAUUGGCACCGACGUCUGUUGCUACAGACAACAAUCAUCUUACCUCGACGGAUUAUAUGGUAACAGGUGAUAUUUCAACAGAGAUAGCAAGAGAAUCGUUUACUAAAUCUACCACAGCAAGAGUAUUUCACAGUUCAACAACCAUACAACCUGACUUAAUAGUGUCAAAUGCUAGUGUUACAAAACCUUCGAAAUCAACAGGAUCAAUGAUGAAUAAUCCGACUACUAUGCGAUCAACAGAACAUCGAGUAUCAGUUACACAAGCGAUAGCAAGUGGGAGUACAGAUGUUCAGCCAACAAAAACAACAACUAUCAUUAUAAAUGGAACUAUGGCAAGAGUAUUUAACACAAACGAAACAACAGUUACUCAGCCGAGACAGACAACUCCAUCAACAACGCAUAUACUUACAGCUACUAUAACAACAGCAACACCAGUAUUAAAAACAAACAUAAUAACAGAUAAACAGCCAAAGGAAACAACAGUAUUUAAAACAACUGGAAUUCCAUCUACUGAACUGACAGAAACAAGCCAUAUGAAAUCAAUCGAAACUACUACACAGCCGACAGAAACAGCUGUAUUAAAUACGAAUGGAACUACACGCAAUGUGUCCAAAGAACCAACAGAUUUCAACACAAAUAUAACUACAACUACUAAGUCGACAGGAACAAAAACAAUCUUAACGAAUGAAAUAACACAUUAUAUUAUGUCGACAGAAACAACAAAUAUCUUAACAAAUAGAACAACAACUACUAUGCCGACAGAAACAACAAACUUCUUACCAAGUGAAACAACAGCUGCCAUGUCGACAGAAACAACAAAUAUCUUAACGAAUAGAACAACAACUACUAUGCCGACAGAAACAACAAAUAUCUUACCAAAUGAAACAACAGCUACUAUGCCGACAGAAACAACAAACUUCUUACCGAAUGAAACAACAGCUACUAUGCCGACAGAAACAACAAACUUCUUACCGAAUGAAACAACAGCUACUAUGCCGACAGAAACAACAAACUUCUUACCAAAUGAAACAACAGCUACUAUGCCGACAGAAACAACAAACUUCUUACAAAAUGAAACAACAGCUACUAUGCCGAUAGAAACAACAAACUUCUUACCAAGUGAAACAACAGCUGCUAUGCCGACAGAAACAACAAAUAUCCUAACGAAUGAAACAACAGCUACUAUGUCGACAGAAACAAAAAACAUCUUAACGAAUGAAGCAACAGCUACUAUGCCGACAGAAACAACAAACAUGUUACCAAAUGAAACAACAAUUACUGUGACGACAGAAACAACAAACUUCUUACCGAAUGAAAUAACAGCUACUAUGACGACUGAAACAACAAACUUCUUACCAAAUGAAACAACAGCUACUAUGCCGACAGAAACAACAAACUUCUUACCAAGUGAAACAACAGCUGCUAUGUCGACAGAAACAACAAACAUCUUAACGAAUGAAACAACAACUACUGUGACGACAGAAACAACAAACACGUUACCGAAUGAAACAACAGCUACUAUGCCGACAAGAACAACAAACCUUUUACCGAAUGAAACAAGAGCUACUAUGCCGACAGAAACGACAAACAUCUUAACGAAUGAAACAACAACUACUGUGACGACAGAAACAACAAACAUGUUACCGAAUGAAACAACAGCUACUAUGCCGACAGAAACAACAAACAUCUCACCGAAUGAAACAAGAGCUUCUAUGCCGACAGAAACAACAAACAUGUUAUCGAAUGAAACAACAGCUACCUUGACAACAGAAACAACAAAUAUCUUACCGAAUGAAACAACUGCUACAAUAUCGACAGAAACAACAACAAACUUCUUAUCGAAUGGAACAACAGCUUCUUUGUCGGCAGAAACAACAAACAUCUUAACGAACGGAACCACAAUUUCUAUGUCGACAGAAACAGCAAAUAUCUUUACGAAUGAAACAUUAGCUACUAUGCCGAUUGGAACAACAAACACAACAAGAAAUGGAAUACCACAUAAUACAAAAGAAAAAGGAGGUUUUAUUUUUAUUCUAACAUUUUAGAUAAAAGUACUUUUUAUCAAUUUCGUUCAUUUGAUUUAAUCAUUUACAUUAAGUUAUUUCCUGUAUGUUUUAAUAUUUGAAUAUGUUUCAAAAUUAAAACCUAUUCUGAUUAUGAAGGUUUGAAAGAAAGACACAAUUUAUAACUCCGUUUAGUUUGAUUAAGAUCUUAAUUAAAUUGGGCAUUUUAGGCAAGUAGCAAUAAUAUAAAAUUAGUCAUAACUUCGUAUAUGCUUAAUUUCAAAUUAUUAGAAUCUUUUUUAUUGUUUACACAUAAAUUCACCGCCAUUAUUGACGUUUUGGUUAUAUUCGUAAAUAUAAUCUUAAAUGUAUUCUUUUCCAGUUUGGAUAGAAUGGGUUACUUUGAUUCUUACUAUUACUUGCAUUGUAAUUGUAUGCAUUUUAAUUGUUGGAAUAUGUUAUGGUCGAUUUCUAUGGCGCCGAUAUCACAGGAAAUAUAAAACGACAGAAGGAAACAAGCUGAACGAAGACAAAGAAGCACCUAAGCCCAAUUCACUUACCUCUAGCAAUACCCCACAACUCCGAGAAGGGCGGUAUAAACGUAAAUCAAAACUACGUAAAAAUGUACAAGAAACAUUUUUUGCGAAUGACAAUAUUUUACAGGACAGUGACCAACAAGAUUCGAGUUCUAGACUUAAAUCUUCAAAACACAGUACGGUGUCGUCCACAUUUUCCGAUUUUGUUUCUGUAAGAGAAUCUAGUAGUGCACAAAAUUCUUGGACCUAUACUGAUAUAGAUAUAACUAAUUUAAAAGUGGUUUAAAUAUCUAUAGCAUUCAAAACCAAAUAAACACAUGGAAAUUAAGGAUAAUAACAAUGCCUGGUGGUUCAUUGUAAUGUGUAUCAUAUGAUACAUUGCCUAGUAUGAUAAAAAAUUAGUAUUCAUUGGAAACUUAAACAAAUUGGAGAAUGUUUCUUUUAACCAGACAAUCAGAAUGUCUCAAAAAGCCGGGUUAUAAUGUGAUAACAUUUAUCUUAAUAUAUGUUUAUUAUUUUAAUUCUAGUAGGUAAUAAUCUUGUACUGUUGUAUCAUUGGUGUGUUUCAAUUACAUUUUCUACAAGCAAAAACUCCCACCCAUGUGUAUGGGAGACAAAUAUCCGUUUCAAUUUGUUUUUGUAGAAAUAGAUCUGAAUCAAUUUUGUUUCUAACAUUAUUAUAUGGAAUUUAGAUUGUGUGACUAUAUGUGUUGUAGAAACAUAUAAAAAAGUCAC